AGCAAAUCUGAUAUCCUGAUAGCCUCCUCCACCAAACCCACCCACUUUGCGUUUCAGAGCUUUGUAAGAGAGUAACCAAAUCUCUCCGAUUGAUGGCGUUAAUACGAUCAAAACUCCAUCUUUCUCGAACCCUCUCCUUCAUCUCUCCUCAUCUACCCAAACCCUUCACCACCUCCGCAACUUCUCAACACCAUGACCAGGAAAACUACGAAUCCGCCGCCACCGCCACCGUCACAACCCCUGUUUCACCGGCCCUAACUCCUGAAGAUACGCAAACCGUAGAAAAGCUCCACUCAAUUAUCAAAGAACACUACCGUACAAAUGACGCCGUCCUAAACCCCACCUUCACCCUCCCUUCCCUCUCCCUCUCCUUCUCCCAAAUCCCCUCCGCCGCAAUCUCCCCCUCCGUCAUCCAAUCCGUGAUCCAAAAAUGCGCCGCCGUCCGCCACGGAAUCCCUCUCCACCAGUCCCUAUCUUUCUUCAACUGGGCCACCUCACAAGACCAAUACGAUCAUCUCUCCCCUCACCCUUACAACGAAAUGAUCGAUCUCGCCGGAAAGGCCCGCCAUUUCGACCUAGCGUGGCGCUUAAUCGACCUCAUGAAAUCGAGAAACGUCCAAAUCACGAUGGAGACCUUCACGGUUCUGAUCAGGCGCUACGUCAGAGCCGGUUUAGCCUCGGAGGCCGUCCACUGCUUUAACCGUAUGGAGGAUUACGGUUGUGCCCCUGAUAAAAUCGCCUUCUCUAUCGUCAUUAGCAUCCUCUCUAGGAAGCGUAGAGCGAGCGAAGCCCAGUCCUUUUUCGACUCCUUGAAAGCUAGGUUCGAACCCGAUGUGAUUGUUUACACUAACCUCGUUCGCGGCUGGUGUCGCGCCGGCGAGAUCUCGGAGGCUGAGAGGGUCUUCAAGGAGAUGAAAGCGGCCGGGAUUGAGCCUAAUGUGUAUACUUACAGUAUUGUGAUUGAUGCCUUGUGUAGAUGCGGGCAGAUAAGUCGUGCACACGAUGUGUUCGCUGAUAUGAUUGACUCGGGGUGUCCUCCGAACGCUAUUACUUUUAACAACUUGAUGAGGGUUCAUGUGAAAGCGGGGAGGACGGAGAAGGUUCUGCAGGUUUAUAACCAGAUGAAGAAGCUAGGAUGCGAGCCGGAUACCAUCACUUACAACUUCUUGAUCGAGGCUCAUUGCAGAGACGAGAAUCUCGAAAACGCGGUGAAGGUGUUGAACAGUAUGAUCAAGAGGAAGUGCGAGGUCAAUGCGUCGACUUUUAACACGAUUUUCAGGUGCAUUGAGAAGAAGAGGGAUGUUAAUGGAGCGCAUAGGAUGUAUUCCAAGAUGAUGGAGGCGAAAUGCGAGGCGAAUACCGUGACGUAUAAUAUACUGAUGAGGAUGUUUGCCGGGUCGAAGUCUACUGAUAUGGUGUUGAAGAUGAAGAAGGAGAUGGAUGAGAAGGAAGUUGAGCCGAAUGUGAAUACUUAUAGGCUUUUGGUUACGAUGUUUUGUGGGAUGGGCCAUUGGAAUAAUGCGUAUAAGCUGUUUAGGGAGAUGGUUGAAGAGAAGUGUUUGGUGCCGAGCUUGUCUUUGUACGAGAUGGUUCUUGCUCAGUUGAGAAGAGCUGGGCAGUUGAAGAAGCAUGAAGAGUUGGUUGAGAAGAUGGUUCAGAAGGGACUUGUUGCUCGGCCAUUGUACUAGGGAGGAAGAACUUUACAAGCAUUAAAUCAGAUCUUUUGUUCUUCUUUUUAUUUUAAGCAAUUUUUAUUUUAAAACAGAUGUGUUAUUACUUCUUGAAGUAAUAAUGUACUCUUUUCUUUAUCCAAAUAUAUAUGUUCUUCGUUUUCUCAGGA